AUGACCUAUCGUUCCACUCUGGACCUGCUCUUUAAAUCAUAUCACUUUGUCCCAAACUACAAAUGUGGCAUUCAGAAUAAUGUCAUAGGAGUAAUCGGAGGACUUGAGCCUGAUAUUUCUUCACACUUGGCAGACAUCUUAGGUCUUUACAAGAUUCCACAGAUUUCAUAUGGUUCAUUUGAACCAGCAGCCAUUGAUCAGAUAAAGUUCCCUUCCUUUUACCGCAUGGUUCCCAACGAAGGUGUUCAGUAUCAGGGAAUUCUCCAGUUACUUCUGCAUUUCAGAUGGAAAUGGAUUGGGCUCAUUGCUUUAAAUGACAAAGGUGGAGAAACAUUCUUGCAGACCAUAGAGCCAAUACUUUCCAAGCAUGGAAUAUGUUCAGCAUUCACAGAAAGAGUUCAAAAACAUUUAUAUUUCUCAGGUGAUGUACUUGAAAUGGUUAAUGACCUACUGAAUAAUUUGCCAACUUUCAUGAUGAGCAAGGCCAAAGCAGUUAUUAUAUAUGGAGAAAGUGGAACUGUUCGAUGGUUGGGAGGUGUUAUAGGAGCAGUCAAGAUAAUUCAACAAAUGAAUCCUCGGUAUAAAAAGAUGUUAUCUCCAGAAAAGCUCCACUCAUUACUUCAAGGAAUGUCAUUCAACAACAGUGCUGGAGAUGAAAUUACAUUGAAUGAACAUGGAGAAUUGGCCACUGGAUUUGAUAUUACAAAUUUGAUCACAUUCCCAAAUAAAUCCUACGUCAGAGUCAAAGUAGGAAGACUGGACCCUCAGGCUCCUCCUGGCAAAGAAUUCACCAUUGAUGAGGCCAGAAUUGAAUGGCACAGAAGUUUGACUCAGGUACCACCCCUUUCAGAAUGUAAUAGCAUCUGCCAGCCUGGUUAUGGGAAGAAAAAGAAAGAAGGAGAGAAAUUUUGCUGCUAUGAUUGUGCUCCAUGUCCAGAUGGGAUGGUCUCAAACGAGAAGGGUAGGACCAGCUAUUUCAUGAUAGACCAGAUUGCCCAAGUUACUGAAGAUCUAUAUCCAAACAAAGACCAGGAUCUAUGCAUUCCUAAGAUUCCAAACUUCUUAGCUUUUGAUGAAACGUUGGCCAUUGUUUCAGCUACCUCUGCACUUUUAUUGUCUCUGAUCACAGCUCUAGUGUUGGGCAUCUUCAUUAAGCACAGGAAUACAGCCAUAGUCAAAGCCAACAACAGAAGCCUCACCUAUAUUCUCCUCACCUCCCUCCUCUUGUGUUUCCUCUGCUCUUUGUUGUUCAUUGGAAAACCUAAUAAGGUGACCUGCCUUCUCCGACAAACUGCUUUUGGCAUCAUCUUCUCUGUGGCCCUCUCUAGCAUCUUGGCCAAAACUAUAUCAGUGGUUUUGGCAUUCAUGGCUACCAAGCCAGGAUCCAGGAUGAGGAACUGGGUGGGGAAAAGACUGGCUUAUUCCAUAGUCCUUUGCUGCUCUAAAACUCAAGUAGUGAUAUGUGCACUCUGGCUGACAAUCUCUCCUCCAUUCCCAGAUUUUGACAUGCACUCAGUGAGGGAAGGAAUUAUAUUUCUGUGUAAUGAAGGGUCAGUCCUCAUGUUCUACUGUGUAUUGGGCUAUAUGGGUUUCCUGGCCAUUGUCAGCUUCACUGUGGCAUUCUUAGCCAGAAAGUUGCCUGACAGUUUCAAUGAAGCCAAGUUCAUCACCUUCAGCAUGCUGGUCUUCUGCAGUGUUUGGCUCUCUUUCAUUCCAACUUACCUGAGCACCAGAGGGAAAUACAUGGUGGCUGUGGAGAUCUUCUCCAUCUUGGCUUCCAGUGCUGGAUUACUGGCUUGCAUCUUUUCCCCUAAAUGCUACAUUAUUGUGAUGAGGCCUGAGUUGAACAACAGAGAGCAGUUGAUACGGAGAAAGAUAUAA